AUGGGGAUUCUCGUCAACAAGCAUAAAAGAAAAGUCAGAGCCGAGGAGAAGGCAUCCGGUAUAGCGCCCGACGAGCCAAGCGAAAUGGAAAAUCUUUUGGACACUAUCAUCGCUUUAGAAGAAAGUUCAGAGGCAGAAUCACAGGAAUUAAGAGCAGAGAGAAAUGAAAAAUGUGAAAACGACCGAGCAAAGGCAGAAGAUGCGAGAUUAAAGGCCAUGGAAAAGCUUUCGGAGACUAGGAAAAGAUCAAGUGAGAGCGAAGAGGAAAAACCCAAACGACAGCGUAGAAGUGGAAGUGAAGCUAUGGAAUUUUUAGCAGAUAGGGCUAAGAUGAAUUAUGAACUGAAACAACAAGGGUUUAAAAUGUUGCAAGAACAGCAAGCGUUGGAAAGAGAAAAAAUGGAAGCAAUGGCCAAAGAGCAGCUACAAACACAACAGCAACAAACAGAAAUGUUUAAAGUAAUGCAACAGCAACAACAACAAAACCAACAACAGCUGAUUAACAGUCAA